AUGUCCUCUGAGCCCGCUCCCGAAAGUACCCUCCCGUAUCCGCCCCUGUACGAGGGCAAGAAAUUCGUGGCGCUGUCCGACUGGGAUGGCACGAUCACGAACCUCGACUCUAAUGACUACUUGACUGACAACUACGGUUUCGGCUUCGAUGAGCGCCGCAAGAUCAGCGAGAAGAUCUUGCACGGCGAGGUCACUUUCCGCGAUGGCUUCUUCGAGGAGAUGGUCAGCGUCUCGAAGAAGGGCAUCACCUAUGAGCAGGCCAAGCAGAUCCUCCGUGAAAAUAUCUCCCUCGACCCAGGUUUCAAGGACUUUUACCAGUUCAGUCAGGCGAAUGACAUCCCCGUCAUCAUUGUCUCGAGUGGAAUGGAGCCCACGAUCCGCGCUGUACUUUCCAACCUCCUCGGCGAGCACGAGAAGGACAUCCACGUCAUCUCGAACGACGUAGACCUCCACCCCGAUGGCACCUGGUCCGUCAAAUACCGCCACCCGUCUUCGGGCUUCGGACACGACAAGAGCCAAGCCAUCCUUCCCUACCGCCGUCUCGCCAACCCGCCUUUCACGUUCUUCUUCGGCGAUGGCGUGAGCGACUUGAGCGCUGCUCGUCACGCCGAUAUGCUCUUCGUCAAGGAGAAGCCAGGAGGCGAGAACGAUCUUCACCGGUUCUGCGUCAAGGAAGGGAUCAAGCAUGUUCUCUUCCAUGACUUUAAGGCCGCGCUUACGGCCGUCGAGUCGAUCGUGAAGGGGGAGAAGACCGCAGAGGACUGGUUCGCCAUCGGUCGUGUUUAG